UUUUAAUUAGUCUCUUUCAAAAAUCAGGCAUUCGCGUUCGUAAUUAAAGCGGCUCUUGGCUUAAAUCCAUUCGGUCCGAAGCUGCGGUUCCCCUCCAGGGAGCGGGCGCGCAGGCGCGGGCACGCACACGUGGGCACACAAUCGCUCACACGCGCCCGCCCACACCCCCUUCCUUAUUCAUCGCCAGAGGGAUUUACGGGCUUCGCCAGCACGCAUUACUGUCAGGUGCAAAAAGCAAGCCUUUCUUCGGUGGGCAUUUUCCUCCCCCGGGAUUGACUUAUUUACGGGCCACGUGAGCGCUGGGUGGGGGUCGGCCCGCCGGGAGGCGACCCCAGCGCAGGGGAGACAAAGGCUGGCAGGACGCGGCCAGCGCGGCCCAAGGACGUCUCCCCAGCUCCUACAACAUAUGCGAAAUUGGCCUGGACCUGCCUCGCCUGAGAGGCUCUUCCAAGCCCUUGUGAAGGCGUCGACGUUUCCCUGGGCAGGGAGAAGUCCCGGCCCCGGGGCCUGGCAGGGGCGGGAUUCCUGGUCUGCCCGGGACAGCGGAUGAGCCCGGGACGGUCGGGGCAUGGGGGGCUCCUUGGAAAGCGCGUUUUCUGGGAGUACCAGGGAGAGCCAGGCUUUAGACAGAACUUCACAGCCACCUCAGCCUAUGAGAAACCGGACCCAAGCCCCUUUUGACCUCGGGAGCGAGUACAAACCCGUCCCCACCGGAGAGGCCACGCAAUGAGCCUUUGACCGCUGGCUUCCACCCGGAGUGCCCAGCGCCCGAGGUCCCGCCACCCGGAAGCCUCCUUCGAUCCGCCGUUGUGGCUCCUUCCAGGGCUGGAACUAGAGUGAGCAGUGCGCCUCGGACGCAAAAUUUAAGGAGCACCAAAAAGUCUGCGGUCAAAAUAAAUAGUAUCUUCAUGCAAUGAUUUUUAAGCAAUUAAAAUUAAUGCAAAAAAUUGUGAUGAACAAAAUAUUAAAUUCUAAAUAGGGACACAGGAUCACUGCAAUACCGUGCUGAGCAAUUUUGUAGUCCCAGGUAAAGGAAGAUCCCCGGGCGGGGGAGUCGGGUUGCCCUAGGCCUCGGAAGUGGAGGCCCCCUGCGGGCCUCCUAGGGGAGUGGAGGGAUGGCCCUGGGGGCCGGAGGUGAGAGCUUAGGCGAGGCGCUCCGCGGAGAACAAAGGCGGAGCGGAAAGCCUAGUUGGAGGCCGGAGAGACCCAGCAGGUUCCGCGACGAAUGGUUCCUGGGGCCGGGCUUCCACGCGGACCUGGAGUGGAAGAUUCGACCCGCUGCCACCGAGGCCGCGAGCGAGUCCUGCAAUACCCCGCUCGUUGAUUAAUUCUCACUAACAAGACUUGGCAAGAUGUCGGGCGAAUAAUUUUUGGCUUCUGGCGUGUCCCCACCGCGGCGCUUAUAAACCCCCAGCCAAAAGCGGCCUCUGGGAAAUUAAAUGCAUAAGUAAAACUGGGGGCGGGGAAGAAUGCUACAUGACCUGGAAAGCGGGAUGCAGAGACCCGAAUCGCCCCAGAGCUUAUUUCUUUGCGCGUAGAUUUCUCAGGGUCUAGCUUCGCACAAAAUGUGGACCCUCAGUGUCAUUUACUGAUAAGACAACUCACAAGUGUGCAGGAUGGGGUGGGGACUUUUCCAAAGCCGAAAACGUCGGGUUUUUUUUGUCCCCUAACCCUCUACCCCCGGGUUAAACAAGUAUCUUUAGAAAGCGUGGACUGGAGGGGCACCCCAGCCUUUCUCCAGAGGAACAACAUUCCGGCAAUGAAUGCCUCCCUCUGGCUCGUAAAGAGACAGACCCAACACCUCGCUCCCAUUACUGGGCUUCGGCGGGAGAGCUUUCUCUUUCAUCUUCUAAGUUGGGGCUUGCCCACGUCCUCGGGAAGCUGUAAAGCUGAUUUAAUGGCUUAAGAUGAAAAUCGAUCACGCUAAUGCAUAAGCUAACGUCAGAGGAAUCGCAUUUGAAAAAAACGACUGGCCGGCCGGGCCGAACGCGCUCUGUAAGCUUGGAGCGAGGAGGUCCGAGGCCCUGCUGUCCGGGUAGCCGUGCCACGGUCCCUUCCUCUCCCGAGCCGGGGAGGAGGCCUGCGAGGCCGUUAAAGGUAAAGCACAGAGGUAAAAAGGGAUGAAAUCUCAAAACCGAGCCCUGGCCUCGGUUAGGUCGGAUUCGCGACGAGCUAAUUUCUUUUCGCCUAAUGCCGCAGCCGGGUGGCAUGGCUGCACCGCGACUCGUGCGGAGCAAGACUGGCGCGGCGGAGGCCAGGACCCGCGGGCUGAAGACUAGAGGCGUCGCUGCGCUCCAUUCACAAAGUCCGGGAGCGCAGCUCGCCUGCGGGUCGAAGGCCGCCUCCCUCUUCCUCUAGGUCCAGGUUUUAUGAAUGGGCCUGGCGGCGAGCGCCUAGCUCCCUGUUUACUCCGCUCUUUGUGACGUCUCGUUCCCGUGACUGGGAGCGAGCGCCUGGCACUCCAUUCACGCGCCGGGUAGGGGGUGGGAGGAGGGGCCCACUGGGAGGAAGGAGCAGGGAUGGGGCGGGGAGCAGGCAAGGGGGGCGGGAGGCGCGAGGUCCCGAAUGGAAAGAGGCGGGGCCUCAUAAGGUAGUACUGAAUCUGCCUCCUCCCGGGAGGGAGCAGAGGAGCGUUAAUAAAUCUCUAAGCGGAGGAGGAAACUCCGGCUGGGGUAGGGAGCCGAGCUCCGGCUUCUUGUGGGGAACGGCAGCGGAGCCGUAACGCCGGUGCCGUCAGGAGCAGCACAACCGGCCAAAUACAAAGAGGCCACAUCAGAAGGGAACCCUUGGCCCUUUGCCGUAAACACAGCCCCCUCCACCGCCGACUGCCCCUCGCACCGCGCGCGGUACUGUCUGGCUCCCGAGGCCGCUAGGACUGCUAUGUGAUUGCCAGACUGCAGGAGGAAGGGGACUGGGGAGAAGAGGGUCGUCGGUGAGAGCCCCUGGGGGCCAAGUUUGCUGCCACUUCUGCACGUGCCCUCCCUUAGCCCUCGCCCGCACUUUCCUGCAGCCCAGCUGAUCCGGUUGUCCUUCGCCUCCUCGCGUGCCCAGCAGCCGCGGUUCCCGGCGACCAUGGUGACGGUGGAGGAGCUGAGGGAGAUGGACUGCAGUGUGCUCAAAAGGCUGAUGAACCGGGACGAGAACGGCGGCGGCGCGGGCGGCAGCGGCAGUCACGGCGCCCUGGGGCUGCUGAGCGGCGGCAAGUGCCUGCUGCUGGACUGCAGACCGUUCCUGGCGCACAGCGCGGGCUACAUCCGAGGCUCGGUCAACGUGCGUUGCAACACCAUCGUGCGGCGGCGGGCCAAGGGCUCAGUGAGCCUGGAGCAGAUCCUGCCUGCUGAGGAGGAGGUGCGCGCCCGCCUGCGCUCCGGCCUCUACUCGGCCGUCAUCGUCUACGAUGAGCGCAGCCCGCGUGCGGAGAGCCUCCGCGAAGACAGCACCGUGUCGCUGGUCGUACAGGCGCUGCGUCGCAACGCCGAGCGCACCGACAUCUGCCUGCUGAAAGGUGGCUAUGAGAGGUUUUCCUCGGAGUACCCGGAAUUCUGCUCCAAAACCAAGGCGCUGGCAGCCAUCCCGCCCGCUGUGCCCCCCGGCACUGUGGAGUCUCUGGACCUGGGCUGCAGCUCCUGUGGAACUCCACUGCACGACCAGGGCGGUCCUGUGGAGAUCCUCCCCUUCCUCUACCUUGGCAGUGCCUAUCAUGCUGCUCGGAGAGACAUGCUGGACGCCCUGGGGAUCACGGCCCUGUUGAACGUCUCCUCCGACUGCCCAAACCACUUUGAAGGCCACUAUCAAUACAAGUGCAUCCCGGUGGAAGACAACCACAAAGCCGACAUCAGCUCCUGGUUCAUGGAAGCCAUCGAGUACAUCGAUGCGGUGAAGGAGUGCCGCGGGCGCGUGCUGGUGCACUGCCAGGCGGGCAUCUCGCGCUCGGCCACCAUCUGCCUGGCCUACCUGAUGAUGAAGAAGCGGGUGAGGCUGGAGGAGGCCUUCGAGUUCGUCAAGCAGCGGCGGAGCAUCAUCUCGCCCAACUUCAGCUUCAUGGGGCAGCUGCUGCAGUUCGAGUCGCAGGUGCUGGCCACGUCCUGCGCGGUGGAGGCCGCCAGUCCGUCGGGGCCCCUGCGGGAGCGGGGCAAGGCCACCCCCACGCCCACGUCACAGUUGGUGUUCAGCUUCCCGGUGUCGGUGGGCGUUCACGCGGCCCCCAGCAGCUUGCCCUACCUGCACAGCCCCAUCACCACCUCCCCCACCUGUUAGGGCUGCUGGGAGCACCCCCACACCGGGCGCCUUCAGCAAGGGGUGGGGCGCCGCGCGCGGGCAGCGAGUCAGACUGACCAGUUGGGGGCAGGCGACCGAGCCCCUUCCAUCCAUUUCUCCUCGGCCGACCACCGGGCCACCAGAAUGGCAAUAAGGACUUCAAAUACAUACUAAAAGCAAACAAACAGCCCCCCUCCAACUUACAGCAAUAACGGCUGCCUCCGCGGGCAGGGAAGACCUUGGUUCGGUUUGUGGGUCAGUUUUACUUUUCAGAUAGGAAUUUCUUACCUCAUUUUUUAAGCAGCAAGGCUUGAAGUUAUGAAACCCACAGGUCCUGGCAAAAUGUGCCCAUCCAGUUUUACUAAAGGGGUGGCGGGGUGGGGGUUAGGGCAAAGGACAAGAAGAAAAGUUUGCCAGAAGUGCCUGGUUCCGUGUGCUUGGCCCUUUUUUUGUUGUUAAGUUACAGGAAUUU